AACAGAAAGAACCGGGUGGAAGACAAACUGAAUCUUCAAAAAAAAUAUAUAAAAGUGAAAAACUUACUCCUAAUCCUAAAGUGAAAAUAUUUGAAAAGGAUCCCACAUUUCAGUCCAACUUGCCAAUACCUUUUAUAUCAACUCUUGCGCAUAGCAAACUACUGAUACGAGCCAUUAUCAUGAAAGAUUUUAACUUAUUCAAGUCACUGUUAGAAAAUACAGAAGAAGUGUGUUCACUUUCGGUACCAAGAAGUGUCGAUGUUCCUUAUACUUCUCUGACGUACGCUAUUAUUAAUGAUGAUCUCAGGGUGAUAAAAGCUCUUUUAAAUGCACAAGUGAGAAAAUAUGCCCCAGUUCCAGAUAAUCUACUUGAACAUAUGGAUACUGGAGAGUAUAAUCAAGCAAUGCUGGGUUUUUCGAUUAGAUCUAUUUCCAUAAGUCGUGGAGGACGAGAAGGGAACAAUGCAUUUUUAAAAGACACUUAUGUGUAUGAUUCUCAUAAACCGUAUCUGGACGAAUCUUUAAUUAAACUUGCUCUUCGUAGAGGUGUUUCAAUAGAAACAAUUCGCUUUUUCGAAAAAGAUAUGAAAGAUACAGUAUUAAGAUUAAUUCCAGAAGCAGUUAAAAAUGGCCAUCAUAAGCUAGCUGGACAACUAGUAAAAGAAGCAAUAGAUUUCGGUGGUUAUGGCUAUUCUGAUAUUCACCAACAGGUUUUAUUAAACGAUAAGCAAGAAUUACCCAAAAUAAGACCAAAGUCUGUCAUAAAAAAAGCACAUAACCAUCCAAGGAUUACUCCUUUACAUUGUGCUGCUAUUAAUCCUAAUCCUAAAUAUUUAGCCACGUUGUUGUCUUUAUACCCUUUUUAUAAUCUUCCCGAUAAAAGUGGUUGGCAGACGAUUCAUUAUGCUGCUGCUUGUAAAACUACUGCAACACUUGAACUUUUGUUAUCAAGAGGGGUGCAACCAGAAGAUAUUACAGACAAUUAUGGUAAUACACCUCUACAUGUAGCCUGUAUGGUAGGUCGCCCGCAGAAUGUUGAAUUGCUUUUAGUCCAUUCUUCUACAGCUCACAACAAAAAGGAUCAAGAAAAUUCACUAUUAUUUGCUCAUGAAAAAUUUGGCUUUGGCGGCAUCGAUCGGCCAAAUAAGAAAACAUAUUGUCCUCUUCAUUUGGCAGCAAAAAACGGCCAUGUCAAUGUCCUGAAUGUUUUGUUAAGAUAUGGAGCGGAUACAGAAAAAACAACUAGUGCCGCACAUGACAAACUGACUCCUUUGAUGAUCGCAUCCCAGUGGGGUCAUUUAGAUAUUGUAAAAAAACUUGUUGAGAAAGGCUCACUAAUUGAAAUGAAAGAUAAAAAGCAGCGAACAGCUCUCACUCAUGCUAUUAUAAAUGGACACGCGCACAUUGCAUCAUAUUUAUUACGGCUCGGUGCAGAUCCCAAUUUUAGAGACAGUUCAGGAAAUACUUUACUCCAUUAUGCUGCAGCUUAUGGUUGGUAUUUUUGUUUGGACCUUCUCUUGGAAGCUGGUGCCAGUCCGAAUUCAUAUAAUGAUUGGAAGCUGACUCCUUUAAGUGUUGCUUAUUUGAAAGGUCACAUGGGAUUGGUUGAUUGCUUACUAGAACAGUCUGGAGUAAAUAUUGAUGUAGCUGUAGAUAAUGAUAAAGGAUUGACACUUUUAAUGCAGACUGUUAAAUCAAAAAUAUGCCCAUCCAUGUUAGAGAGAGUAAAGUUUUUAGUAAUUAAACAGAAGUCGGAUUGUUCAGUUACCGAUUAUUUUGGAAACAAUGUGUUACAUCAUUUUGUAAUGAGAGAAGCCGAAGAAAUAAGAACUUUAAAGGAAGACUCAAUAGAAAAAAUUGAACAUGAUAAAAUUGUUAAAGCAAUUGCUAAUUUACUUAUUAAUCAAGGAUGUGAUCCAAAAGCAAUAAAUAAGGAAGGUGAAUCGCCGUUUUCUUUAGCUGCUCAAAAGGGUUGCCUUUUGUUGAUAGAAAUUUUUGUGAAUGCCGGUUGUGAAUUAAUGAUCGAUGUCAGGCCUUCUUUAAAAAACAAUUUUCUUCAUUCACUCGUAGAACAUGCAUGCCAAAGAGAAGUCAAGCCGAUAUUGGAUUUAAUAAUGAAAAAUGCAAAUAAUGUAGAGACCAGUGUACAAAAAACAUUAUCUCAAAUGGUCAAAAUGUACAAUCAGGACGGAUACACACCUUUACUACUAGCCGUCAGCUAUUUACAAUCAAUUGAUUAUAAGGGUAGUGAAAGACUCAUAGCAUUAAUUCAGUUCUUUGUGAAAGAAUUGAAGUGUAGUAUAAGUACUCCCAUCAAGAAUUCAAAAGGAGAAGAUGUAGCUACAGUUUUGCAUUUGGCAGCAAAAUGUAAUUAUCCGAAAGUUUUUGACAUCUUGUUACUGCACAAUCCUCCUUUAGACGCAUUUGAUUCUGACAAACUGACACCUUUGAUUGUCGCUAUCAAAAAUCAAAAUGUGGCCACUGCAGAAAAACUCAUUAAAGCUGGAUGUAAUGUAAAUAUUAGGUCAGAAAAAGAUGACAAUUCUUCUCCAAUAAUUCUUGCUUCCAGAAACAGUCAGCUAGAUAAAGUAAUACAACUUUUGCUUCAGCAUAAAGCUGAUCCCAAUGACAUUGACUUAAAAAAUGGUAAUACUCCAUUACAUUAUGUAGUCAGUCGUCGAAACCUGGAGGUGUUAGAUACCGUAAAGGCCCUAACUGCUGCCGGAGCAUCAGUUAAUGCGGUAAAUAAUGAGAAGCAAACCCCCCUUCACUUAGCUGUGAAUUCUCACAUGGACGGUGCAGAUGUAUUUUAUACAGUUGAAGAUUUUUUAUUAAAUUCUGGCAGUAAGACUGAUGUGUGCGAUGUAUACGGAAGAAUUCCUCUCCAUUAUGCCUUUAUUGAUAUCAAUAACCCUGAGUGUACUCAUCAAAUUGAUCCGAUUGAAUUGGUCGCUUUGCUCACAAAUGCCAUGGGUUCUGUUCCUCUCGAAAUAGCAGACAACUAUGGCCAGACGCCACUACACAGGGCAGCAUUUCGAGGUGCUACUAUUUCUUGCAUGCACCUGGCUUCGAAAAUGAAAAAUAUUGAUAUAAGGGACAAAGAAGGAAACACUCCUCUUGGCUUGGCAGUAAUGAACAGUCAUGAAAGUUGUACAUUAAUGUUGCUUCAGAAAGGAUGCAGUUGCACGGCAGAUCUCAUAAAGAACGUCAAAUCCUCUCCUGAUAAAAAAACAGAGAACAAACACUACUGGAUCUGGCAUUACCUUAAAAAAGAAAUUCCUCCUCCCUUAAGAUGUUCUAUCUUACAAGAAGCCGUACAGAAAGAUCUACAGGGGAUUGUAUUCCUUAUGCUUGAUCAGUUGGAAUCAAUCAAUAAAGGUUACAGCAUUGCUAUUGAGGCAGCUCUGAAGACAAGAAAAUAUAACUUGGCUCUGAAAUUGAUUCCACGCGUCAAACACAGUUGGACGUUAUAUAACGAAAAACAGAGCACACUACACAUAUUGGCAAGACAACCGGAAUCUAAAUUACAAACUAAGGUCGCUCAAGCUUUAAUAGACAAAGGAGUACCUUUAAUGGCUAAAGACGAGCACGGUUGUUCUGUUAUGAUAUACAGUGCUUUAAAAUGGAAUUCUUCGUUAAUAUCUUUUAUAUACGAUAAGGUGGGCACCUUGGCAAGCGUUCAGGCAGAUCCGGAUAAAUCAUUAAGAACACCAUUGUCAGCUUUGUUCUGGCAGCUUGGUGAGAAAUCUCUUCCCCAGCCUAUAAAAACCUGGUUUUUGAAAAUGAUAAAAGAGGGAGCCAAUCCAAACAUACUGACUCGUUAUCCCAUCCAACAAUCUUCUUAUCCUGGAGUGAGAUUCAUCGCUUCAGAUGAACUACACGAAGAAAAUCCUUAUGCCCCUUGCAUUUCUCCUCUGAUGGUCGCCAUAUAUAAACAAAAUAUUGAGGUUGCCAGACUUCUUUUGAAGACUGGAGCUGACGUAAAUUUCUGUAACGAUCAACAGCAGACACCCAUAAUGAUAGCCACUAAAUUAAAUGAUAUUAAAAUGGUGAAGCUUUUAUUAGAUAAUAGUUAUGAUCCCAGUAAAGACAAAUAUCCUUAUUCAGAAACGUCAAUAAUAAAAAUGAAGAAGACCAGUCAAGUAGAUUUAGCACAUAAAGAUAUUAUGGGAAGGACAGUAGUGCAUCACAUAAUUUCACCUUUCAGCGAAUUCAGCUACGACAACGUAUCUGUAUUAAAACUUCUUGCUCACGUCGGUGCACCACUGGAUCUCCCAGACAAAGAGGGUAACACGCCGCUGCAGUUAGCAUUGAGGAACAAAGCUGAAAAUGCAAUAGAAGCAUUGCAGACAUUAUUAAAAGUGCCUCCUGAGAAUCAGGAGAAAUUGCAGAUCAAAUUUCCUUCUGUCGGAGGAAUCGCUCUAGAUUUAGGAGUUUCCCAGUGGAAUUACAAAGAAGAUUCCAAAGCUUUGCUUAGAGAAUUGCAAGACGAACAAAUGGAAACCACAUUCCUCUGUCAGCCCGAUGAACACGCGGAGACCGGGGAGGUACUCUUCGAUAAAGAUCAAGACUUACCCUACGACAUCUUAAUGAUAAAAGUCGACUUAAAUUACGGGAGUUACGGUCUUUACAAUUUUUACAAAAUGCAGCUCAUUCAUCAAAAGGCAAAAGACUUAGUCAUUCUGUUCACUCGAUGGGGAAGAGUGGGCGAUUCCGGUCAAUAUCAAAAAACUCCAUUUCGGAUAAUGGAUGAGGCCAUAAAAGAAUUUUGUAAAAUAUUUAAAAGCAAAUCGGGAAACACUUGGGAAAAUGUAAAAAAUUUCCAACAUCAGCCAAAGAAAUAUGAUCUAGUUUCUUUAGAUAAAAGGUCAUUUGUACAGAGAAAAGAGAUUUUAGUAGAUAUUGCCAGUAAUGUGCCUUCAAAGCUUUCUCCUUGCCUAAACAAACUUCUUAAAAAUUUAAUGGACGUUCACAUGAUAAAAAGGUCAUUGAAGGACAUGGGAUGUCUGGAAAAUUCGCCUUUUGGUACAUUAUCGGAGUCUUCUCUCGUCGAAGCCGAGAAAAUACUCCAAAUGGCAAGCGAAGUCGUAACGGAGAAAGAUAAUCUGGAAAAUUCUUUAAAAACUCAAGACAAGUACGAAGAGUUGUCGGCUAAAAUUCUCGACUUGAGCGAGAAGUUCUAUCGAUUAGUGCCUUUGUACGGCUACAGUUACGAAAAAAUGGCGUUGCUGUCGACUCGGAAUGAGAUCGAGCAUCAGAUGAAGGUCGUUCACGAUCUGAUGCACAUCGAAUUUUCCGGAGAGUUGCUGCUGGCGGCCCAAUACAGAUCAAAAGAAAUAAAUCCAUCGGACUACGUGUAUAGGUGUCUGGGUUGUCAGCUGGAUCUGCUGGACGAAAAUGGUUCGGAAGCUCAACUGAUCCUGCAAUACAUCCACAACAGUUGCGGCAAAAUUAAACCCAAGGUAGAAGCCAUCUUCCGGGUGUUCCGGGAGGGAGAGUCUGCCGAUGCCAAAGAUCUUCCGCAUCACGCCAUGCUGUGGCACGGGACGAAGGUAUCCAAUCUUCUGGGGAUCUUGAAGAGGGGACUGCAGCCCGCUCCCCUGGGGGUGUACCAUAGCGGGAGCGCUUUUGGAAAGGGGGUGUACUUCGCCGACAUGUUUAAGAAGAGCCGUUCGUACUGCUGGUCCAACAAUUGCGAUUCCACCUACAUGCUCCUGUGCGAGGUGGCUCUAGGCAAUACGAUUAAAAUCGACGUGGGAGAUGACGUGCCGAAAGAGGUCGAUUCUGUCAAAGUGGCCGGAAGUAGACAGCCCAGUCCGCCUUAUUCCGUUUGUUGGCAAGGAUGUAGGUGGCCGGUGGGUCCGGCGGUCGACGACUGGGAGGAAGACGGCCGCGACCGAUGCCCCGGCGGAUACCUGCGCUACAGCGAGUACGUCGCCUUCGACCCCUCGCGGAUCUGCCUGAGAUAUUUGGUGCAGUUGCGGGACUGAAGAGCGCGCGCUCCGGUACGUCGCCCGAUCGAGUCGUCCCCCGACGCGCUCCCCGGACCAAACGCUCCGCCGCGUCCGACGUUCGUCGUCGUCGUCCCUUUAAUACCCGCCGCGACGCGGACGACGCGCUUCCAUCUUAAAGAGAGCCGUUUUUAAGAAAAGUUCUAGAUACUUUAUUCGCUACCCGUUUAUAACAGUUUACCGUACGAAACGUUUUCCGUUUAUAAGGUUAUUCCCAGAUUAUAUAUAUAUAUACAUACAUAAAUAUAUAUAUAUAUAUACACACAUACACACAGACUCGCACACGCGCGACGUACACGUCGGUACGCGGGUCGGCGGCCGCCACGCUUCCGCCGCGCGGCCGAUGCCGGCGAUAUAUAUUUUUUUAUGUUUCCGACUUUUAAAAGAGAGCGAGGGGGCGGCGGAGCCCCUUCCGCCCCGCCGCCUCCGGCCCCGUCGACCGGCCCGUCCGGAAGCGCCCCGCCGGGCGCGUUCCGACGCCCCUCCGCCCCCGGGGCGGUCUUACGCCGACCACCUCGGAGCGCGCGCGCGUCGUCGAUUUUACUCUGUACAGAUCUUUACACACCGGAGUCGUUUUCGUCGCGUGGAAAAACAAAAGUGACGUCGCUCUACCCAACGAACGCCCCCCGCAAGGUUAUAAAUACGAAUAUAUAUAUAAAUAAAUGAAUAUAAAUAUAUAUAUAUAAAUAUACGCUUAAUAUAUUCCCCUUCCCGUUCCGAUCUUAUUAUAUCCCGCGGUCCGGGCGGGAGACUCCGGGUCCCCCGCAGUUUCCGUCGGACCGCCCUCCGCCCCUUCCGGUUCCCGCCGGGAAGGAAGGGCGCCACCUUUUAAAAAACGUUUCCGCAAUAACGAAGAACAGAACGAGAAGACGAAACCGACGGGAACACGACUCGUCGCUUCCGUUUCGUCGCUCGUCGCCACACGAUUUUUAUAACAGGGUAUCGGAAUUAAUCGUAAAUCUGUGCAAUAAGAUUCAAGUGUGCAGACCGUGAGAACUCCGAGGGACAAAAACAAAACCACGUUUAACUUUUUUUGAUGUCACGACGAUUUUAUAUAAUGACUGUAAACUUAAAUGAACAUAUUGUGACAAAUGUACAAAUCACUGUUAAUAUGUUUCAAUAAAUCAUCGAAAAGAUACA